CAGCAGUCAACAAGCAACCGUUAAAAGUUGCAAACUUGCUAGGUUUGUAUCGGUGGACUUUAAGUUUUAAACAUUUAACUAAAGAGCAACUUAUGACUUGAUAGGUUCCUAAACGAAGGAAGCGGGUGCAUUUGACUGUUUUAACUGUGAGUGUUUGUAAACAGUGGGAAAAUGGAAGGUUCUUUGUGGGACGCAGUCCUCAUCAAAUGGGUAAAUUGCACUAGAUUGUCCCAGCCCAUUCAGACGCUGGACCAGCUUCAAAAUGGCGAGUUUCUCAGCCGUAUGAGCAAGUUAAUCGAAACCUCAGAUGAGUCAAUUAACAGCGACGGCUUGAGCGUGAUCUUUGAAACCUUCUCUCGCUACUACCCUCAUAUAGUGUUCGAGAAAAAGGAGAGUGUGCACGUCAGCGACUUGCCCUAUCAGGACCUGGUCAACAUGACUUCCCUGCUGUUGCAUUUCACCUCUAUUUGCAAGAGGAAAGACGCGUUAACAUCAGCCAUGUGCAAGGAUCUGGACUUAACCACCCAGCUAUACAUCAAAAAAUUCCUAGAGUCGGUUAGUCAAAAAACCACCAAUAAACAGUUGGCUAAAACGAUCGAGGGCUUAUUUGGUGCGUCGAAAAAGCCGAAAUCAUCUCGCGAACCGACGCCUGUUCAAGACAGUCCGAUGGUUAGGAAAAGCCCUUUGUUCGAACUGCUGCAAACGCCUAGAAGGAAAUACCUACGAAUCAAGGGAGCGAACAUGGUCAAGACGCUUGAGCAAGAACUGGAAGCUGAAAGAGCUGAUCGGGAAGCUGACGUGAAGAAACACCAAGAAAUAAUAAGCAAAUUGACUCUUCAAUUGGAGCAAAAGUGUACAGAGGCUAAGCAGCUGAAGGCUCAGGUGAACAACUGGGAGGAGAGUAUGCCGCCCAACUCCCAAGACGUCGACCACCUUGAAACCAUCAAACUCCUCCGAAGGGAGGUUGCAAGUUUGGAAGACUACGUGAAGAAGUGCGAUAACGAGUACGAGGAGAUAACCAAGGAGAGGGACUCAUUCGAGGCAAAGGCAAAGCAGCUGGAGGCCGAUUGUAAAACGACGAAGAGCAGCUUUCUAGAACUGGAGGAAAUUUACCUAGUCAACAUGGAGGCCUCAAAGGAGCUGGAGGAGAAGUACCGCCUGCUCAACAUUGACUAUGUCGAGCUGAGGGCAAUGCUGAACGAGUACAGGCGAAAAUCUAUCCACUUGGAGGAGAGCGUUUGCUACGAAAGCCGGCGUUGGUCCGGUGGCUUUGAUUCGAGCAAUAAAGGGGAGACUCUGGCCGAAUCCGUGGUUGAAGUGCAGCUUCGUGAUGUGCGAACGGCCUUAGAUGCAGCCAACGAUAAGCUGCAGGAAACCUUGCAGUCAAACGACGAGCUGAAGGCGGCUCUAAAAGAAGCUGAGCAGCGAAACGAACUUCAGCUGUUAGAAGGCGACAAAUUGAAGCACAGUGUGCGUGCAGUGCAGACAGAAAAUGCGAAUCUGCAAGCUAAACUGCAACAAUUGUCAGAACAACUAUGCAGUUAUCAAACCGAAUGUGAAAACCUUAAAGCCGAAAAACUGGAAUUAAAUGACAAAAUUCUCCAACUAGCGAACCGCGUGGAUCAGUCAUCCAAUAGAAUCCAAACUUUGGAAGCCGAAACGGAGCGCUUGAGCGCGACCGAAGUUAAGCUCACUGAAACCCUUGCUAGAUCAUCCGAAGAAAACCAGCAGCUGUCCAUUGAACUCAAACAUCUGGAGAAACUGAAACAGUCUAUGGAACUACAGGAAGCAAAGCUUGCUGAUGAGAAGGCUCUAGUUGAGCAACGUCUGGCUGCAGUUGAAGAAACUCUGGAGGCAACUAGACUAAGCAAAGCGGCCCUGCAAACCCAACACCUUCAAAGUGUUGAGCAACUUCAAACCACUUCAGCUGAGCUACAGAAAGCGCGCUCUCAAACAGAGAUCCUUGCCCGCAACUUGGAAGCCACGUCUAAAGGCCUGGAACACUCUAAAGCCCAACUGUCCCAAACGCAAUGUCAAGUCGACAAACUGCUAAAGGAAAAGCGCGAAGUGGAAGACACCCUUGCUAAAACCGAAGCUGAAUUGGCUAGAAGCCAUGCAGACAUCAAGGCUGUGCAGCUGGAAAAAGAGUCACUGAAUUUCUACCUGGAAGACACUUCCAAGCAGCUGGAUGAAUCCGAAGACAAGCUAGCAUCUGCUUUGAAGGCUGUUGCUGAGCAAAAGAACGCCAUCCAGGCAGUGAGUUCGGAAAAAGCCAGUCUGGAGACGAAAUUGGAACAGUCAAGUGAGGAAACCAAAGGAUUGUCGACGAAACUUUCCGAACUAUCCCUGCAGCUGCAAGAAGCCAUCAGAAGUCUGGAAACCACCAAAAACACCCUGGCGGAGAAAUGCGAAUCCGAGUCCCAGUUGCAGCAAGUGAUAAAAGAACUGAAGCAAGCGCUUCAAAUCGCGCAAGAGGAAGCACAAGCAACUGAAAUACAGCUGAACCGAAAACUGGAAGAAAUCAAGCAGAGCUCCGACUCAGCCAUGGAAAACCAGGCCAAAAAACUGCAGCACACACUGAUGACUCUGGACGGCACCAGAACGGAAUUGGAGGACUCCAAGUGCGCUCUCCACCAGAGCAACGAGAGGCUGACGCAAAAGGAGCGAGAACUAACGGAAAAAGUGCAACAAUUCCACGAGCUGGAACUGCAACUGGUUUCUGCCAAUGCGACCCUGAAGGAACAUUUGGAGUACGAGCUGGAUUUGAAAAAGCAACUGGAAGCGCUUAAAGCCGAGAAGAAGCAGCAGCUGGAAUCGUUGGAGGCACAGCUAGGCAAUUGCCGUGCGGAGGUCGCGUUAUAUUACGAAAAACUCGAAGCUACUUUGGCAAAGCUAAAUCAAAGCAAUGGGGAAAUUGAAAGCUUGAAUUCUCAAUUAACAGAAAGCUGUUCCAAAGUCGAGCGGCUCAGUGCCGACGCGCUUGCCCUGAAGACUUCAUUGUCUUGCUCAGUUGCUGAGAAGGAGCAAAUUUCGCAGCUGCUGGAGGGUUUCUUUCAGAAAUUGCACCACAUUUUUGAGCCAAAUCACAUUGGAGAUCUGGCCAGCCAAUUGGACCAUCUAGUAGUUAUCGUUAACCAACUGGAAGAUAAUCAAUGCAGCCUGACUAAAACUGUGGAUGAGACAGCGGCUAAGUUGCAAGCGGCCCAGGAAGAGAAAACCGUACUGGGCAAUUUUCUGGAGCUGAACAGUGACGAACUGCGCAAAGUCGCCCAGGAAAAGGAGCACAUCUUGGAGGCUUUGGAAAUGAGCAACAAGGACAAAAUGUUGCUGGAAGCAGAGCACACACAGUUGGAGCUUCAAGUGGCUUCAAUGGAACACGCGCUGGAGCAACUGAGAGCUUACAAGGAAAAGGAGAGUCAGGAAAAGCAGAAGCUGUUUGCUGAAAAAGCCGCAAUUCUGGAAGAUUUGCAGGAAACCAUUCGGGAGAAGAACGAGCUCAAAGAGUUGGAACUUCACGUUGCUUCAAUGGAACACGAGCUGGAGCAAGUGAGAGCGUGCAACGUAAUGGAGAGUCAGGAAAAACAGAAGCUUUUUGCUGAAAAAGCCGAAAUUUUGGAAGAUUUACAGAAAACAAUUCGGGAGAAGGAUGAGCUGAAACAGUUGGAGGUAGAAGUGGCUUCGAUGGAACAGGAGCUAAACCAACUAAGAGCGUGCUAUCAAAAGGAGAAUCAGGAAAAGCAGAAGCUGUUUGCGGAAAAAGCUGAAAUUCUGGAUGAUUUGCAGAAAACCAUUCGGGAGAAGGAUGAGCUCAAACAGUUGGAGGUUCAAGUGGCUUCGAUGGAGCAGGAGCUGGAGCAACUGAGAGCGUGCAACAAAAAGGACAGCCAGGAAAAGCAGAAGCUGUUUGCCGAAAAAGCCGAAAUUCUGGACGAUUUGCAGAAAACCAUUCGGGAGAAGGAUGAGCUCAAACAGUUGGCGGUUCAAGUGGCUUCGAUGGAGCAAGAGCUGGAGCAACUGAGAACGUGCAACGAAAAGGAGAGUCAGGAAAAGCAGAAGCUGUUUGCUGAAAAAACCGAAAUUCUGGAAAAUUUGCAGAAAACCAUUCGGGAGAAAGAUGAGCUCAAACAGUUGGAGGUUCAAGUGGCUUCGAUGGAGCAGGAGCUGGAGCAACUGAGAACGUGUAAUGAAAAGGAGAGUCAAGAAAAGCAGAAGCUGUUUGCUGAAAAAGCCGAAAUUCUGGAAAAUUUGCAGAAAACCAUUCUGGAGAAGGAUGAGCUCAAACAGUUGGAGGUUCAAGUGGCUUCGAUGGAGCAGGAGCUGGACCAACUGAGAGCGUGCAACGAAAAGGACAGUCAGGAAAAGCAGAAGCUUCUUGCUGAAAAAGCCGAAAUUCUGGAAAAUUUGCAGAAAACCAUUCGGGAGAAGGAUGAGCUCAAACAGUUGGAGGUUCAAGUGGCUUCGAUGGAGCAGGAGCUGGAGCAACUGAAAGCGUGCAAUGAAAAGGAGAGUCAAGAAAAGCAGAAGCUGUUUGCUGAAAAAGCCGAAAUUCUGGAAAAUUUGCAGAAAACCAUUCGGGAGAAGGAUGAGUUCAAACAGGUGGAAGUCCAAGUGACUUCGAUGGAACAGGAGCUAAAUCAACUGAGAGCGUGCAACGAAAAGGAGAGUCAGGAAAAGCAGAAGCUGUUUGCUGAAAAAGCCGAAAUUCUGGAAGAUUUGCAGAAAACCAUUCGGGAGAAGGAAGAGCUCAAACAGUUCGAAGUCCAAGUGACUUCGAUGGAACAGGAGCUAAACCAACUGAGAGCGUGCAACGAAAAGGAGAGUCAGGAAAAGCAGAAGCUGUUUGCUGAAAAAGCCAAAAUUCUGCAAGAUUUGCAGAAAACCAUUCGAGAGAAGGAAGAGCUCAAACAGUUGAAUAGAUGGUGGCAAAAAUUUAGUAUUAGGAGGGGCCAAAUGAUCACCAACCCCCAAAGGGAGAAGGAGGAACGAGAUAAAAGGCGCAUCUUGAGGUUACAGCAAGUGCGACAACAGUCCAAAGAUUUGGCUGCAAAAGUGCGAAAUAAAGUGCGGACUGAGCAGAAAAAACACCAGCAGGACAUUGAACGUGAUGGCAGAGAAAAGCUGAAAGACUGGCAAAACCGACAGCUGCUGGAGCUGCACAAUCAAUACCUGGAUGCGCUGGAUGAAAUCGGUGUGGGACAUAAAGAAGCUGAAGAGCUGGCUGAUGAAAGCGCCCUGUUGGAAAGUGAAAAACUGCGCAACGAAGAAAUCGCAAAAACCCGAGGAAAAUUGGCACAAACCAAGCACCAGAUCCAGAAAAACGAGGACAACUAUAAAAAAGCGGUUCCCAUCCAGCAGAAAAAACUGGUCAGGGACAUCGAGAAUACCAGGGCGGCUUUGGUGUCUGCUUUGCCGAAAAAAGCCCCCAAACCCAACACCAAACAAGCCCAAACUAAGGUGACCAAAAACGCGACCACAACUGAUAUAAACAUUACCAUUCCAAAUGAGGACGGUUUUAGCGAAAUUUACCAGUCAGACUCCAGUUCCAAGCAGAGCGAAAGUCCAUGUGAAUGUUCGGAAACUUCUGAGGACCACAGUCAGACAAUCAAUUUGAAAAUGAAACCCCCAAGCCAACACUCAUCAGAAAAGUCCGCCCCGAAGCCGAAAUCUUAUCAAGAAACGCUUGACGAGCGCAAGCGGUUGAUUGACGAAUUCAGGGCGCAGCCUAAAAGCAUCCCAAUCGACACCAGGAUUUCCGAUAGAAUCAAGCAAAGACAGUUCAAGUCCACCGAACCAGACUAUUGCGAUUCUCUUCACGUUGAGUCUCUAGCAGGCCAUUUUGUUAAGCUCCAAUCAAGUUCUAGACUGGACAAAGACCCUCUGGAGCUGAGUAGCGAUGACUGUAUUUGCACAAAGAUCAACAGCAGCUGCCCGUGUAAAACCAGCAAGUCUACGGCAGUGCAAACUGAAGGCAAAUUCAUCUGCAAAUGUGAAAAGCCUCGGCAUUCUUCACGCAAGCUCCAAUCGAGGUCGGAGGCGACGUCUGGGCGAAACCCGGAAAUUCCCGUAAAACCCGCCGUGAAGCUUAAAGCUACCAGUGAGGAGCCAGUGGCAGCCAGCACAGUUUCCUCCGCGUACGACCGAGUCCCUCAUUACGAUUUUCCCAAUAGAUUUGUUACGGAAAGGCAAUCAAGUACCCAAGUGGAGAAGGUCGAUGGAAGCAGCCUUGAGGUUGUUCCUAAUGUUACUUCCGAGGUGGAGUGGCAGGAGAUAAUCAAGCAAAGAGACGUGGAUGCUCACGUCCGAGGAAAACGGGCUUUGGAGAAGGAAAAGGCUCAAAGAGACUACCAAGAACUGAUGAAGAAACUGCCGGUGCUUCAGCGAAAGGAGCACAUCGCACAAAUUGGCACGGACAAGCCCGAAUACCACAUGUCUGAGGAGCGGCUUAAGGAACGCGAAAAGCAACGACAAAAUCGGCUAGAAAAUGCCUACUCACAGGCCAUUCCCAAUUUGAAGCCCCAAAUUGUCACUCUACCCAAGCGAAAAUUGGAAAUUAACAAACCAGACGAGCCGUUCGAGAUUUUGAAUGGUGAUGAUUCCAGGACAUUGAACUUGGGCAAAUGGGACACAGAUUCGAACCGGAAAACCAUGUUUUCUGCUGAGGAAGUGCAUGAAAUAAUCAGGGCCUUCACUGUUCAGAAGCCGGAAGAUCGAAAAGCCAAACUCAAGCAGCUGCUCAACAGUUUGAAGCUGCAAAAGGAGCAGCUGAUCAAUGAAAUUCGUGCGUUGCCGAAAGACGACAGUAUUGACGCCCUUAUUAUGGAUCUCACCUCGUUUAGUGAUGAUGACAAGCCCCUUAGGCCAGUAAAACGCAAGUCUAGCGAAAAGGUGAGAAAAAGAAGACUGGAGGAAACGGAGAGUCAAAGCGACACUUCCAGCGAUGUGAAAGUCCGCGAAAGACACCACAAGCAUCCAAAGGGCCACCACACGGACAAAUGCGGCCAUCACAAAGACAAAUACGGCCGUUCUCCAAAAAAAAGAAUGAAAAAACCCUCUAGGGUGUUGGUUUUGCAAAACAUGAGCACGCAAACGACGCCGAAGUCAACUAAAGAACAGGCCUCAACAACCACCACUACAACUGGAAGUUCUAACGAGCAACUGUUGCCAAAUUCCGUAAAAAUCUGCACAAAAUCGCAUACCCCUUGCGAUUGUUAUAAAAGCCAGAACGGCGAUUCGUCCGAGGAAGUUUGCAAGAUUUUCAUUAAAAUUAACGAGGAGAAUCCUCCAAAAAUCCAAGUAGUGCAAACCGCGACAGUCGAGCCGGAGAAAGCGGCAAAGGACAAAGAAGCCAGCCCUAGAAAAUCCAGCAAUCACUCGGGGAAAGAAAACAAACCCCCCAAGUCUAAAACAAAAGUUACAGAAGUCAACUUGCCAGCCUCUAAGGACUCGAAGGCACCGCACAGGGGCACAAGGCAAACUUGGAAAGAGCAAUUGAGUAAAAACUCGAUGUCUACAUCCAGCACCUCGUACAUGAGCCCGCCCGACUUUUCCAGGCCGAAUACCACAACUAGCACGGAGGCCAGCAGACAGUCCUUGUACAAUUUGAGGAGAAAACCUCAACCAACAGAAGUAGCAAUUGGGUCGAUGAACAGCAAGGUUUCAUCUCAAUCCAGCGCCAAACCAGAGCAAAUGAGCAAAACUCAUUUAGUAAAUUACAUUAAGCGAUUGUUGAGCAUGUCGAAGGCGAGCGUGGACGAUUUGGGCGUUUCAUCCAGCGAUGUUCAAACUCCCAGUCAAAGCAUCAUUGAAAUGGAGCCAAACAAUCCUCUGGCCUCGUUGCACAACGCAGUUCGGCUCAUCAAUUUGAGAGCAGCUGAUUUUCCUAGAGAUUCAGGCGAAUUUUUUUCCACCAAAAAUUCGUCCCAAAACUCGCAAACUAGAGACCAUUCAAGCCAAAAGAACGACAGUUCUACGGAAAAAAUCGCUAAGGAACAUCUACUGUCGCAAUAUGCGGAUGUUACGGAUUCCUGCACCAAACGAAUAGCCAAUCUUGCGGCCAUGAUCGAGCAAUUGAGGCAGGAAAAGCUGCAGAUGAUGGAAAGUCCACCUUUGGUGCCUUACCAUGCCUCCCCUAGCAGUCCUCAACCGGAGGACGCCCCUCAAGUGACCCCCACUUUAAGCGACAAGGAAAACUCCACUAAAUACUUCGAUUUUCCCCCGCAUGACGAUAAGAGCAAAGCGAGCAAUUCGACAGCCAGUUUGGACGAAGAGGAACUCAAUCGGAGAUUGUUGGAAAUUGAUAUGUCGCUAGCGGAAAAGCUGAAGAAGUUCAGACAGGAACAGGAUGGGACUGGCGAACCUCAACCCACUGUGUUGGCGCCAGAAGACCAAAUCAACGAUCCAGACCAGCCGUUUCUAGAUCGUCUUCACCGGCUAAUCCAGGAAAGUCAUCAACAGGAGAACGCAGUUGAAGCGGAAAAGCCUCCAGCUGUCCAACCAUUUGUGCCAUUUCUUGUGGACAUCCCGAAAUUGCCCAUUUUAGAGCCAGAGCCGGACAGGAUGAACUUGGGGCCGGAGAGGCGGCACCCGCCGCCCUCCAAAGGCCUUUUAACCGCCAAGAAAUUUAAUGGCAACAUUUCCCUAAUGCCGCAUGAACUAUCGACGAUUACCGAAGCUGAUAGUCAACAUUCGGCCAAGAUUAGUCCCAAUCAGUCUAAAACGAAUGCAUCAAUCGAUAGAGAGUUGCAUCAGCUGCUGGAUCAGGCGGGGAGCCCCGAUAGCGAAAGCACUUUGCCUGCGGCAAAGCCAAACAGUCCUGGAGCCGCAUCAGGGAAACACAAGUCUGCUUCAGAUAAAUCGGAUGCUUCCAUUUCCAACGCCUUAACUUGCAGCGACAGCACUUGCACGAAUCUCGCCGCGUUGUCAUCCAGCUCGAGUAAAAUGUCUUCAUCCAGCUCUUCUGGCGAUUUGAAGAGCAUCGAGGCGAUGCUGAAGAGCAUCGGUUUGGACUGGGCGAUUCCAACGCUUCACAAGACUCAGGAAGCGCUAGCUUUAACGUCCAGCUCCAGCUCAGUGGAUUUGAGUUCGAAAAAAACGAGCGCGAGAAAGUCGACCAGCGAGAGCGAAGUUAGCUUGAAGGAGUUCCUCAAAAAACAGCUUCUCGAGAAGGUUUCUUCAAGCAGUUUGAAUAGAUCGAACGCCAGUCCAGCUAGUUUUGUGCGCGACUGCUCCGAUGUCUCAUCAAUUCAUGAGAAGACCAAGCGGAGAACUUCAACGCCAGUUUUCUCGAGUAAGAGCACGAAUAAGUCCAAGGAAGAGCAGCUGUUUAGUGGCGCUUCGGAUAUAUCUUCAGUCCGGCAUAGUUCGGCGAAUGUUUCAGAAAAACGAACAUUCCAGAGUUUGGCUGGUGACGAUCAGUCCCUAGCUUCGGAAAGUACCGCUGACUAAUUGUUAUGAUUGUAAGAUUAUUUUAUUACUUUGUAUAUUUAUUG